GUUAAGGUCAGUCUGGUCUGAUAAGACGAUCGACGUGAACACUUAUUGCAAAAUUUUCGACUUUUCUUUCUGUUUCGUUAUUUCAAGAUGUUAAAACUAUUUCUAGGUUUGGGGAGUUUGGUCAUUUUAACUUGCUCUACAGAGUUGAAAGACGAUGACCUUGACAUCAGAGAAAUGGCACAGCAGAUAAAAGCACUUCAGACAGAAGUGAAGGAUUUGAAACAGAGAGUUAAGGUCUAUGAGAAAUCUGCUGGAAGGCCCAGGUCAAAGAAAUACUUGCUUUCAGACAAUCUGGAGAUGGGGCCUGUCGCUUUUUCUGCAUAUAUAUCCAACUACCAGAACGGGCUUGCGCCGCACAAAACACUCACGUUUGACAGCGCCAUAUUAAACGACGGAAAGGGAUAUAACAAUCACACUGGUAUUUUCACAACCCCUGUCAGUGGUGUGUAUCUGGUGUCAUUUUUCAUUGCUGAUCGAGAUGUAAACCAGGUAUUUGUUCAACUGACAGUAGACAAUACCAUUGUUUCUACAGCCUGUGCAGAAACCAUACAGAACCGACAUAUAGACCAAGGUGGCAAUGUAGUCCUUGUUCGGCUCACCAAGGGACAAAACAUGUGGGUUGAAGUCACAACCGGAAAUGCUCACAUAGAGAGUCACACUGCUUAUCGAUUCACCAGUUUUUCUGCGGUGCUUUUGUAUGAAGUGUAAAGUAUCAGGAAAAAAAAGCAAAAUAAACAUGGAAAUGAAAGAAAUCUGUCUGUUGCCAACCAAGGUGAAAUAAGCAGGCCAUUGACAAUUGUAUUUACAUCUGGGCCAUAACAUGAGAUUAUCUUAUCACCAAUCCUACUACCACGUUAGCGAAUAAUAUUCAGUAUAAGGGAAAAGAAAUAUUUUAGUAGACAUGAAAUUAAAAAAAAAAAAAGUUUAUUUAAUUGAGAUUAUUGUUUCAAACGAAGAGACAGUUUUAAAUUUCAAAAAAUGCCGUCAUUUUUUAAGUUUAUGACGUCAUUGUCGGCUGAAUAUGUUAGUAUAAUUUUUAUAACUGAAGAAAACAUGCGGCGCAGGAAUAUUUCAGAGCAUAUUUAUAUAUAAAUACAUAAUUCUGCAAAUCAAAGGGUACAUUUACCAACAAGAUUUUAUGAAACUGAGCUACAUUUGGAAGGGAAUCAAUUCAUAUUUUGGUUUACAAAUUGGCUCCAAAACUUCAAAUGAUAGACGCAAAAGAUGUGGCAUAUUUUGACUGUUUCAUCUUAGGAAGCGUGGUAUUCUGUUUAUACGCUAUAUCAUUUUGAAAUGUAAGGUUCAAAGUUGACUUUCAUGACUUUCUAAUGUAGCACUGAGGGCCACAUCGAGCAUGUUUAUCUCCUAGAACAUUAUUUUGACGUGUGGAUUCGAAUAUAAUUGUUAGCGAAGAAUAUGUUAUACAAGCAGCAUGCAGAACACGAAUGCCAUAUACUUUCAAACUUUUUUUUUUUAAUUUGAGCCGUCGAAUUUUCUAUCAAUACCCGUAGAACAUGUCUUCUGACAACAUUAUGAGGAAAUUAGCUAGAGUUGGAAGUGAAUCAGUCCUAAUUGUGGUUUGCGACGUUUCUAUAAAUAUAUCUUACUUUGUACUUUUUGUUUGAUUUAAAAUCACAUCGUUACAAUUAAAGGUGUAGGAUACAUUCCAGCGUUUGGGGGUGGAGGAAGAUCCAGAUGUCUAUCCGGCCAUUAGUGUAAGCACGGAAGGGAACUUGGGUAGAACCGUCAACCUUCCGUAUACCAGCUGGAUGGCUUCCUCACAUCUGGAACAACUGAUACCUUCCUGCUCACAUGAUAGAAUUCUAGGUUUUGGAAUCACGGCGGCGAGUGGAAAGUGAUCCAAAGUCACAGGCUUUGACUAUGAAGCCUUCCUUUUUUUUUUUUUUUUUUUUUUUUUGGCAACUGAAAUUUGACUUUGGAGCUAGUGUAUCAUUUAGGAAGUUUCGUUUUUGAAUAUAAUAAUGUAUGUAUUUUAUGACUUUCUGUGUGUAAUGUAGCAUUCUGGCAUGCUAUUCACGAUAGGCAGAAAACUCGCGUUUAUAAACAAAUGUGGUGCAAAAUUUAAUCAUUGUUUUCGGCAUCUUCUUCCCUGUUUGAAAAGAAUGCCAUACAUUUAUGUUGAAAUAAAAACUAUUAGUCACCGAAUUUAGACAAAUUUUAUACUUUAUCCCACAGAUCUCAUAUAUAUUCUUCAACAAUAUACAGCUUAUAUAUAAAAACCAUAAAUUCCUUGGUUACAAUAGCUUUGAUAAGAGAGAUAAAAACUAAAUUAAUUACCGGGUUAAGUGUUUUCAAAGCGAAUUCAACUGCCGUGCAAGAUUCAUUUAAUUAGAUAGCCCUCUAUAACGUUGAGUCAUCUGUCACACAUGUAACAACUUUGCGCGAUCCUAAACAACUUAGAGUGCAAUUAUCUUUCAAAAAAUACAAAACGGUGAUUUUUAUCAAAUUUAAAUAUCAUUGAUAACAUUCAAAGCGAGGCAACCUCAGAUUUCUACGAUAAAACAAUACAAAGCGGCGUUUUGAACGAGCGCAAAAAUAAAAUUUCGUUUAAUUACCGCUUGUUAAAUCGAAUAAGGUAGCAAAUUCGAAACUGUUUUAUUUUAUGUCGCACGAAACUUUUUUUUAA